ACUGCGCCGACACUUGUUGCCCGGUGGUGGGGGCGAGGCCGGGCGACUGGAAGCGGGGCAAGGCAAUGAGGUGCCUGGAAGUGUCAGAAAGAGGCCCAGCAGCUGGCUUCUUCCCAGUGUCAAUGGAGACCUUAGUUUUCAUGGACCUGGAGGCCACAGGCCUGCCCUUCUCCCAGCCCAAGAUCACUGAGAUCUGCCUGCUAGCGGUGCACAGGCACGCCCUGGAGAGGACUGAGUACAGCAACUCGUCCUCUCUCCCCAUCCUCCCACGCGUGGUAGACAAACUCUGCCUAUGCGUGAACCCCGGGAAGCCUUGCACUCCUGUGGCCAGCAGCAUCACUGGCCUGAGCAACGAGGUCCUGAGGAGCACCUGCAGACAGCGCUUCAAUGCCAGUCUCGUGGAUGCACUUCAGGCUUUCCUGAAGCGACAGCAGCCCCCGCUCUGCCUUGUGUCCCACAACGGCAAUCAAUUUGACUUCCCCCUGCUGCGGGCAGAGCUGGCCACCUUAGGCUUCUCUGGACUGGGGGACAUCUACUGUGCGGACAGCAUUGCGGCCAUGAAGGCCCUGGACAGGGCCCCAAACCCACAGCAUGCCGUCCUCCCCGAGACGGGGAAGAAGAGGAGCUACAGCCUGACCAACGUGUACUCCCGGUUUUAUGGCCGGCCCCCUCCGGACACCCACACCGCCGAAGGGGAUGUCCUGGCCAUGGUUAGCAUCUGCCAAUGGAGAGCCAGGCAGCUGCUGGAGUGGGUGGAUGCCAACGCCCAGCCCUUCAGUGGCAUCAAAGCCAUGUACGAGCCCAGGGCCAAGAUCUCCGGAUCGGGCUCACAGGGCGAAGCCGACUGGCUGCCUGAGACCGAUUCCACCGCAUGGAAAGACCCAAACCCAGCCCAUAGAAUGGGGGAGCCUAAGUCUGGGGCUCCCAGCUUCCCCCUCCCAGGAGGUUGGGCUGAGGGCAUCACCACCCUCACCUGCACCGAGACUCAUCGCUACCAACUGCCCUUACUAUCUGUCAUAAUAGCUGGCCUGGUUGUUGGGGCCGCAGUCAUUCUCUAUCUGCUGCUCCAUUAGGGCUUCCCUAGUCUCUCAAUGGGUCAAAGCCACAUUCCCAGGCUGUCACUGCUGGUUUCAGCUUCUCUCGCUCUCUC